GGUAUGCCGGCGAUUUCGUUUAGACUGCACUGGUAGAAUCAAUAAUUUUUUUGUUUAAUUCGAAAUCUAAAUCCUCUUUCAAUUUAAUUGCAGGAACUCUUGAAUCUUGCCCCGAAAUGGUUGGUAAAAGGAGAGGUGUGCCUCCGGAUUCACAUUUUCGUGCACUGGAGGCAGCGCGAAGGAUGUAUCCUGGAAAGCCCUUGUUUCAUGUCUGGCUGAAGAAGUAUCACCUUGUUCAGCCGUGUUAUGUCUGUUUGCCCAUCCAAAUCCAAAGAUUGAUCAGGAAGAAUACUCUGACAGUGAAACUGAAAAUUGGCCGGACUGGUCGGACUGAGAUAGAGACAAAAUACAAGGCAUCCACUGGGAAGAAAUAUUUCUCGAUCAAGCCUCUGGUGGAGUACAAGAAGUUCAAACUGGGGGUCGGUGACGGACUUGUUUUUGUCAUGGAGGAUCUGAACGAGGAACGGCUGCUUCUCAAAGUUUGCGGUAUAGAUAAUAUGAAGCCAAAGUUAGGUGAGUUUGCGGACUGUGAUUGUUUUGCAGAUGCUGGGCAUUCAAAAGAGAGGAAAUACCGCAAAUCCGGUGAAGGUACUUCUGGCCUUAUGAAGGUGAAGGAAGAGCCAGGGUCCUACCGGAAGAAGUGUGGCCGUCAUAUCGUCGGCCUCCAUGAAGACAAUCCCAUCCUCCUGGACUAGAUUGAAGUUAUUAACAAUUUAUGUUUUUUUUUUUAAGUAUUACUAUGUUUUAAAUAUUAAUGUUGUUUUUAGUUUGCUAACUAUGAAAUUAUUACUAUGAA